AUGCGUGAAAUCGUUACUCUUCAUCUUGGACAAUGUGGCAACAAAAUCGCCCAGACAUUCUGGGAAACUAUCUGCGAGGAGCACUGCCUAAACGAGCACGGCCAGUUUAUAGGGAAACACUUUCUGCCACUUCAACGGAUCAACGUGUACUUUGAGGAAGCUCCCUGCUGCAAUUUAGUACCAAGGGCAAUCUUCGCCGAUCUGGAGUCGGGUGCGAUGGUCGGUUUGAAAUGUAGCCGCUUCGGGCAGCUCUUUUCCCCGGAAAGUAUGGUCAACGGGAUGCUAGGAGCUGGGAACAAUUGGGCCCGAGGCUACCAUACGGAAGGCGCCGAAAUGUUGGACAGGAUCAUGAAUGUGGCCCGAAAAAUGGUGGAAGGUUGUGAUUGUUCCCAGGGGUUCCAAAUGGUGCAUUCGAUUGGCGGUGGAACCGGAUCCGGAUUGGGAACAUUGAUGAUGGAGAAUCUGAAGGAUGAAUAUGGAUGA